GUUAUCUUAUUGAAGUUCUUUGAAAAAUAGCAAACACAUUUGCAUGACAUAUUUGUCCCAUCUUCGUCCAUGCACAACUGCAGCAUCAAUGCUCACUUCAACCCUUCCCCCAAAUCCCACACUUCCCAACUUCUCUCACAGACCCAUUUCCCUCAAACACGCUUUUCAAUCUCUAACCAAUUUUUUCACCGACCCAUUGUCCCCAACAACACCUUUCCCUCUUCAACAAGCUUAUUCUCAAGCUCUUGACCUCUGUGCUUCCCAUAAAGCUCUUUCUCAAGGCCAACAGUUACAUGCCCGUUUUCUCAAAACUCAAAAUUCCUUUGAUUCUGUCUUCCUUGACACCAAGUUUGUCCACAUGUAUGGAAAAUGUGGCUCUUUUCUUGAUGCAGAGAAAGUGUUUGAUAAAAUGUCUGAACGAACUAUUUUCACUUGGAAUGCAAUGAUAGGUGCAUGUGUGGGUACAGGUAGAUAUGUUGAGGCGAUUGAAUUGUAUAAAGAGAUGCGAGUUCAUGACGUGUCGCUUGAUGCUUUUACUUUUCCUUGUGUGCUCAAAGCUUGCGGUGCUCUUAGUGAGAGUCGUUUGGGGCAUGAAAUUCAUGGUGUUGCUGUUAAAUGUGGAUAUGGUGCUUUUGUUUUUGUUUGUAAUGCGCUUAUUGCUAUGUAUGCUAAAUGUGGUGAUCUUGGUGGGGCUAGGAUUUUGUUUGAUAGUGUUUUGAUGGAGAAAGAGGAUCCUGUAUCGUGGAAUUCUAUCAUUUCUGCACAUGUUGCUGAGGGUCAAUGCUUUGAGGCAUUGACACUUUUUAGAAGAAUGCAGGAGGUUGGUGUUGAGGGUAAUACUUACACUUUCGUGUCGGCUCUUCAAGCUUGUGAAGAUCAAACCUUUAUUAAAAUGGGUAGGGGGAUACAUACCCUUAGUUUGAAAUCUAAUCAUGUCACUGAUGUGUACGUAUCCAAUGCUUUGAUUGAUAUGUAUGCAAAAUGUGGUCAAAUGGAGGAUGCUGAAAGAGUUUUUAAAAGUAUGCUUUGUAAGGAUUGUGUAUCGUGGAAUACAUUGCUUUCGGGUAUGGUCCAAAAUGAUAUGUAUAGUGAUGCUCUAAACCACUUCCGGGAUAUGCAGUAUUCUGGCCAAAAGCCUGAUCAGGUGUCGAUACUUAACAUGAUUGCAGCAUUGGGCAGAUCGGGGAAUUUAUUGACUGGCAAGGAAGUGCAUGCUUAUGCAAUAAGAAAUGGAAUAGAUUCUAAUAUGUAUAUUGGGAACACCCUGAUAGAUAUGUAUGGGAAGUGUUGUUGUGUGAAAUAUAUGGGCAACACUUUUAAGUAUAUGCCCAAGAAGGACUUGAUUUCUUGGACUACAAUUAUUGCUGGAUAUGCACAAAAUGAAUGCCAUCUGGAAACCUUAAAUCUGUUGACGAAGGUCCAGUUAGAAAGGAUGGAAGUCGAUCCUAUGAUGAUUGGAAGCAUUUUACUGGCUUGUAGUGGGUUGAAAUCUGAAAAACUCAUAAAACAGAUUCACGGUUAUGUUUUGAAAAGAGGUUUAGCUGAUAUAUUGAUACAAAAUGCCAUUGUCAAUGUAUACGGAGAAGUCACACUCAUAGAUUAUGCAAGACGUGUGUUUGAAUCAAUUAAGUCCAAAGAUAUUGUGUCUUGGACGAGUAUGAUUACUUGUUGUGUUCAUAAUGGACUUGCAAUUGAGGCUCUUGAACUUUUCUACUCUCUGAAAAAAACUAGUAUUGAACCUGAUUCCGUAACUCUUGUCAGUUUACUCUCUGUGGCUGCUGCUUUAUCUUCAUUGAAGAAAGGGAAGGAGAUUCAUGGAUUUCUGAUUAGGAAGGGUUUCUUCCUGGAGGGACCAAUUGCCAACUCCCUGGUGGACAUGUAUGCUCGAUGUGGAACCGUGGAGAACGCAAGAAACAUAUUCAACUAUGUAAAACAAAGAGAUCUAAUUUUGUGGACUUCUAUGAUUAAUGGAAAUGGAAUGCAUGGACGUGGGAAGGAUGCCAUUGAUUUAUUCAAUAAAAUGACAGAUGAAAAUGUUCUUCCUGAUCAGAUAACCUUCUUGGCUUUGUUAUAUGCUUGCAGCCAUUCAGGGUUAGUGGUUGAAGGUAAGAGACUUUUUGAAAUUAUGAAAUAUGAAUAUCAAUUGGAGCCCUGGACAGAGCAUUAUGCUUGCCUGGUUGAUCUCCUUGCCCGAUCCAAUUCUCUAGAAGAGGCUCACCAUUUUGUGAGAAACAUGCCUAUUGAACCUUCUGCUGAAGUCUGGUGUGCUCUUCUCGGGGCUUGUCAUAUUCAUUCAAAUAAAGAAUUAGGAGAGAUUGCUGCGAAGAAGCUCUUACAAUUAAAUACAGAGAAUUCAGGAAAUUAUGUACUGGUAUCGAACACUUUUGCGGCAGACGGAAGAUGGAAUGAUGUAAAAGAAGUGAGAUUGAGAAUGAAGGGAAAUGGAUUGAAAAAGAAAGCGGGAUGCAGUUGGAUUGAGGUGGACAAUAGGAUUCACACCUUCACGGCAAGGGACAAGUCUCAUCCACAGUGUGAUGACAUUUAUCUAAAAUUGGCCCAGCUUACGAAACUUUUGAAAGAAAAAGGAGGCUACAGGGCUCAAACGAAGUUGGUAUUCCAUGAUGUUUGUGAAGAAGAAAAAACACGGAUACUAUACGGACAUAGUGAAAGGUUGGCACUUGGUUAUGGUCUGCUUGCUACCCCGAAGGGUACUUGUCUUCGGAUCACAAAGAACCUUCGAAUUUGUGAUGAUUGCCAUACAUUCUUUAAGAUUGCGUCUGAAGUCUCCCAACGGACCCUUGUUGUAAGGGAUGCCAACAGGUUCCAUCAUUUUGAAAGAGGGCUCUGUUCAUGUGGAGAUUUCUGGUGACCACUUUGAUUAUUAUUAAUAUCUAAAAAUAGAAUAUAUCCCCACCGCUUUGGUUCCUCCCUGUUGGUGGUGCUCAUUAAGAUUUCUCUUCAAAUUUUUGUAUCUCUUAAUGACAUGUUAAUGGACAAAGCAUGGGAUCUGGUACAAAAUGAGUAUACAGAGCUUGUGAAUACUCAGAAGUUAGUAAUAUACUUUAGGAUUGCAGCCAUUGCCCAUUGGUUUGAGAUAGAAAAAACAGGCUGAAGUGGAGAUGCUUUGGAAACUAAAUGAUGCAAGUUCCAAAUUUUUGAAUUUUGGUUCGUGUUAUUGGCAUGAUGAAAUCCUUACACAUCACAUUUCGAGUACAUGUUGAUGGUGACAAGGAGUAGAAGGAUGGAGGUUAUACUAACUAUGAAACAAGAAAAGACCUGUCCGGAUGCUCAAGUGGAGGUGCCUUUUUGUGCAGAAGCACAUGACUGAAUUAUUGGAUUGAACCUGUUAAGGGAUGUUUGAUCAUCUUUGCCCCUACGAGUUUGAUGCUCCUGUGAAGAAGUUUGAACUUCAGGGUUUUAAGGAAUGCAAUUUAUUGAAAAGGAAGAUGUCUAGAUGGCAAAAAAGUUUUAAUUUUAAUAAGGAAUUUUCUAUUCAAUAUGGAUUUCAAUAGCCUUCCCUUGAAGGGUUAGCUCCAAGGUGGUAAUUUCUUUAAUUGUGCAUAUAUUUAUAUGGAAAAGGCUCUGAUCUAGUUAGUCCUACUCCUAAGGCAUGACCAUGGUUGAUUUUUAUUUUUAAGGACUAUGAUUUGACUCCUGUGAUGAAAGAUGUCUGUAUACUUCAUUUGAUUGUGAAGAGUAAGGGAAAAUGAUGUUUAUUUCUAGCAUUGUACAAUAUUUUGUAUAA